AUGUCGCCCCUCAUGCCCUACUUCACACUUCAAGUUCUCCGAAUCCAUCGGAGCAAUAUGGAAGAUGAGAAGUGCCGCAUGCUGGUAAACCACCUGCUGGAUCAUCCAUCCCUGCUGGAGCUCGACCUCUCACACAAUCUCAUAGGGGAUCGAGGGGCACGAGCUAUCAGCAAACUCCUCAACCGUAGCUGUCUAGAGACACUGAACAUUUAUGACAACCGGAUCAGUGGACGAGGAGCCCAAGCCUUAGCCCAUGCCCUCUCCAAAAACACCUCCCUAGUGUCACUCAACUUGAGACUGAACCAGCUAGGGGACGAAGGCGGCCAGGCUAUAGCUCAGGCCCUGCUAAAAAAUCAGACUCUGGUAAACCUUCAUUUAGGGGCCAAUGAGAUGACGGAGCCCACAGCCACAGCACUCUCACAGGUCUUAGUACAGAACACGACUCUGAGGAACCUCAACCUGUCCUGCAACAAACUGGGAACAGAUGGAGGGAAAGUCCUGGAAGAAGGGAUGUCGCACAACAGCAGCCUGCUGGAGUGUGAUAUUCGCCUCACUGAAAUGAGCCUGGAGAGCGAGUACUGCAUCCGUGAGGUACUGUGCACCAAUCGGGACAAAGCCCGGCACAAACACGCACAGGACACAGCAAACACCAAAUAA